GGAAAAAGUGGCCAAGAAGCAGUUGGCUCCGAGGGCACAGUUGUUGUCCACUUCAUUCGACCAUACACUCUUCUCUUUCCGAGCAUCCAAGCACCCAAGCAUCAAGCAUCAGCGGGUAUAUAAGUUUAAGAGCUUAAGAUUUCUCACGAGUUCAAGAGCCUCAAGCCAAGCAUUUCACACAAAAAUGGGUUCCCUUCAUAAUAGCGACUGUAGACCGGUAGGAUCUUAUCCGCCGUCGGGUAUCGAUGUUUUAAUUGUUGGAACCGGGCUAGCGGGACUCACGGCGUCCAUUGAAUGCACGCGCAAGGGACACAACGUGCGCAUUAUUGAGCGCCAUGAUGACAUUAAUACCGCAGGCGAUAUGUACUUCAUGGGCCACAGCGCUACCAAGUUCUUCCGUCACUGGCCUGAGUUAUCGAAAGAGUAUGAUCUCAUCUCUAUGAACAAUGCGUGGAUCGAGACCUUCAAGCAUGGCGGCGAACGGAUGAUAACGCCACUGAAGGUAGCCGACCGCUUGCGGCAGGCUGGUAUGGAUCCGAACACUCCCCCUGGAGCUUUUCAGAUGCGGCCGCUCAUCUACCGGAUGUACCUGAAUGAAGUCCAAAGGCAAGGGAUUCAAAUCCAAUUCGGCCAGCGCGUGGUUGACUACUAUGAGGACCAAGAGCGCCAGAAGGCUGGCGUCAUAACUGACAAAGGCGACUGGUUCGAAGCCGACGUCGUGAUUGCGGCGGACGGUGUAGGUUCCAAGGCCCAACAGCUGGUAGGUGGACAAGUCAGGGCGAUGAGCGCAGGUAGAGCCAUGUGGCGAGCAGCUUUCCCAACAUACCACUUAGAUAAGAACCCCAAGCUCAAAGAAUUCUUGAAGAUGGGUGGACCAAAUAACGACGAGCCAAUGGUUAGGACAUGGCUUGGUCCCGGAACGUACGCCAUGGUCCUGAUUCGUCGGGAGACAUGCGUGUGGAUUAUGAACCACGAUAUCACCGGCUCUGAGGAGGAAAGCUGGACUCACACUGUCGAAUCAGACGAUGUGUUAAACAACAUCGAUAAAGGGCUAGGCGAAGCCACUUGGGAUCCUAGGAUUAAAGAGCUUGUCAAGCUGAUGCCACCCAAGACCAUCGUCAACUUCGAAUUAUUUUGGCGCAAUCCUCGGCCAACUUGGACUUCGCCCGGAGCUCGCGUUGUUGUAAUUGGCGAUGCUGCACAUUCUUUCCUGCCCGCGUCGGGCAACGGCGCUACGCAGGCUAUCGAGGAUGCCGUCUCCUUGGCCUCUUGCCUCCAGAUUGGAGGGAAGCAGAACGUACCAGAGGCCGUAAGCACGCAUGUGCGUCUCCGCUUCAUCCGGUGUUCCUGCGCGCAGAAGAUGGGAUUCACCAAUGCUGAACUUCUCCAACACACCGACUGGGAGAAAGUCAAGGUCAACCCGAAGCUAGCGCAGCCUAAGCUGCCAAGAUGGAUUUGGAAGCACGAUCCCGAAGAAUACGCAUACGAAAAUUACGAGAAGAUGGCCGAAACUAUCAGACAGGGAAUUCCAUUCGAUCAGGUCGACACAGUGCCGCCGAACUAUCCGCCCGGAUAUAAGUACGAACCGUGGAACAUCGAUGACAUGCAAAAGGAUGUAGACAGCUCUACCGUCUACAUGGGAUCUGGAGACUGGGAUUAAUAGAAAGGUAGUAGAAAGGCUCUUGGCGUGAUGUUUAACCUAGUUCCUCUUUUUUCCUAGCCGAUGGAAUGGUCUAGAACGAACUUCUUUGCUUCUUCGUUACAUUGUACUUUAUAUAUAUGGUCUUGCUUUUUUCUAUAUUAUACCUGAAUAGAAACAUCAAUUCCUCGAGUUGACAUCGUUCUACCUUUUGGU